AUGACAACUACCACAGAACAAACAAUUAUUACUGUGGAGCGGAAUCCAACAGUGGAAAGUGUUACUAUUGCUAAUGAAUCGGUAAAUUCAUUGAUGGUACCACAACAAGAGGUCGCUUCAAAUGAACCAAUAAAUACAGCAUCAGAAAUAAGAGCAAAAAGUUUUGUUAAUGAUAAGAAAGCUUCAAAAUCAGCAGAAGCAGAAAAUAUAACAGUCGAGAAUGCGCAAAGUAAAACAUUAAUGCAGGGAGAUCAAUUUCCAUCCACGAGCAGUAAAAAGAAGACAUUGGAUUUGAUUCCUCGUAGAUCAGCUGUAUUAAUUGUUUUUAUUGGUAUUAUAGCCUUCAUUCCAUUAUUCCAAUUAAUUAUUGGUCAGCGUUACGCUGAUCAAUGUCCAAUUAAUUGGCGCAUACCACGUUAUUUAUUCGUAUCAGGUGUUGUCGGACUUACUCUUAUUGUAUUAAUUAUUAUUGAAGGUCUUUUAUCAUUCUAUGGUAAAUGGAGAUUGGAACAUCAUCCAUUUGAUAUUUGUAUUUUUGUAACUACUGUUAGUGCUGCUGAUGUUGCAAUAGUUAUCAUCUGUCUUGCUGUAUUUCUCUUUGGUUGGUUUAUCGCUGGCUGCGUUUGGGUAUUUCGUGCAUGGGAUAACGUUUUAUACCACACUCUGGCUCAAUCUUACUACUGUUACCCAACAUUAUAUCGUUUUGCAUUUUGGCUACUCCUUCUAUCACUACUGCUCCAACUAUGUUCCUGCAUUUAUUCAUGUCUUCUAGUACCUAAAAAGCUUGGACGUAAGCAAAAAGGUGUUCCUAGCCUUGUACCAACAACAGAACCGUAG